AUGGAUGAGCUAUGGGGGACAUUGGUGGCCCUGAGUCGAUUUGAGUUGGGAAUGGUCAUCACCUACAGUCUAAUUAUACUUUUUGGCGCUGUUGGAAACUUAUGGGUGAUUUGGAAGUGCGGAUUGGUGCUCAUCCUAGGCAAAAAACAAGCCAAAAUCACAAAGGGACUUAUAGUUUGCAUUCUAACAAUCUGCCUAACCGAUAUAUUAGUGCUCACGGCACUUUCACUAUUGGUCGAUAUGAAACUGACGGGCGUAUGGAGAUUUGGCGAGGUUAUGUGCCGCUUCUACUACACUGCCGAAGUCCUCAACAAAUUCGUGAUCCCGCUUUGUCUUGUAAAUAUCAGUCGUUUCUCAUUCAAAUCUGUGAAUAUUUCGACAGGUCGAAAGUCGUCCUACUUCUUGCCCAUAGCAAAUUUUGUUGCAGUCGCGGUGGUUCUUGCAUUAGUGAGCUACGUUGUAUUAUUCUCAAAGACGUUGCAUAUUGAAAUUCCGAUAAAAAACAAUACACACGUUUCGCGAACAAUGUGUUUAUUUAUUCCUCCUUCCGGACAUGAACAAAUUUUUAAUGGACUUGCUUUUCUUGUCGGAUAUGUUGUCACUACCGUUGCAUACAUUUACUUUUAUGCAAGUGUCCCGCUUAUGCUAAUUCGAAAAAUCUCACGCGCCACAGCUCCUGGAAGCACUUCUAAACAACUGAACGACUCGAAUAUCUUAAAAAUUAAAUACAUUGUGACGUCAUUUGUGCUUAUCUAUUUGAUUUGCUGGACUCCAUAUUGGGCCUUUUUCUGGUAUUCAUCGCUGGUGGCAGAAGGCCCGAGAUGGGUGAUUAUUCUUGGCCUUCUUGUGCACACCUUUCCCUAUUUAUCCUGUAUUGCCUAUCCGGUUGUAUUAACAGCUAUGAAUCGAACAAUUCGCAGUGAACACGCUUCGAUAUUAAGCCUACAUCGUAAGCGCUUUUCAACAAUAAGGAACGGCGUCAUGCAGACAUUGUCGGCUCAUCUCGGGAUGUUCAGUAUGUGGCAAAGAAAUGAGGGGCACGUCGUCAGAUCCACAUUAUUACGCCAAAGCGAUGAAUCGGCUGUC